AUGUUCGGAGCAGAAUACUUCAACCCUUUCCAGAAGAUCCUAAUAUCAAGUGAUACCCCAAUUUCAUCUUCAACACAGCCCAUAAAUCACAAUAAUUCAAUACCCAAGCGAGCUUCUUUUAAUAUAGACCACAAGCUAUCAAUCGAAAUAACAUCUGAGAAGUCUGAUGAAAAUUAUACAACUCCACAACCAUACAAUUAUGAUUAUCAGUACAUCACUUCACAUUCUACCUACUCACCUAUAACUCCAGAAGACUUGUUUCCCCCACCCGUAAUAAACUCUUACUUUCCUUCUGAGGAAAAUGUAGUGAUUCCACAAUUCAGUCCCUAUAGGUUUCUUGUGGUUGAUGAUAACAUUGUUAACUUGCAAAUCUUGAGUCGCCAGCUCUUGAAGAUAUUUCCAUAUGCAGAGAUUAAUCAGAUUCAGGAUUCUACCAAAGUGAAACAAUUGCUAGAUAGAAAUACAUUUGAUGUUGUAUUUCUUGAUAUAGAGAUGCCAGAGGUGGAUGGCAUUGAGUUGGCCCAAUACAUGAGGUGCAAUGAAAAAUUUAAUCAAUGGGGCGUGAUAGCAGUAACAACUUUGACAACAACUAGAGAUAUACAGAGAUAUAAGCAGUGUGGUAUUGAUUACACUUUUAAGAAACCAAUGAAUGCAGAUUUAAAUCAUAUAGCUAGAGUUGUUGACGAAAUUAUCCGUCAGAGAAAAUAUGGCCGGUUUUCCUGA